AUGCUAAGAUCAGGUAUAAUAAAGGCCCAGCCUGCCACGGCUAUUAUAAGACCGUUAUCUAGAUGUUUCCACUAUACAAAUAUUAACUUUAACGACAAGCCACCGUCGUCUGACUCACCUUUAAAAGUUUUCUUUGACACAUUUAAAACUGAAGUGAAAAAGUCGAACGAAUUAAAGGAAAACAUAAAGGCAUUACAGGAUGAGUCAGGGAGAAUGGCAGAAUCUGAAGCUUUUAAGAGAGCCAAAGAAGCCUAUGCCAAGGCACAGUUGGGUAGUACUGCUGCCGGGAAAGUUUUAAAGAAAGGUGCUGAAACUGUUGGGGAUGCUGCGUACAAGGCAUGGGAGUCUCCUGUUGGUAAAGGUGUGAGAACCGGUGUUAAAGUGACAGCAGAUGUUGCCGAUAAAGCAUUUGAGCCAGUUAGAAAAACUCAAGUUUAUAAAGACAUGUCUGAAGUUAUUGAUGAUGGGUCGUCUACUGCUUAUGGUGGGUUCUUGACGAAGGAACAAAGAGAGGCUUUGAGAAUGAAAGAGUUGGAAAGAAAGAAGAAACAGGGAUUCCAAGGACCGGUAAGAGAAAACGACGAAGCAGGAGGUGCUUUGGUUGCCACCGAACACAAACCUACUGGUCCAACUAUGGGAGAAAAAUGGGAAAACUUCAAGUUGAAAUCCCCAAUAGGCCGUGGUGUGGUGUAUUUGCAGGAAAGAUGGGAGGAAUCAGAAAACGGGUUGAUUGCAUUGAUUCGUACUAUUGUGGAAAAGGUUACUGGGUUCUUUUCCGAGACCGAGCAAGCUAAAGUCGUUAAACAAUUGAAAUUGAUGGACCCAUCAUUCCGUCUUACGGAUUUCCAAAGAACAUUAACCAACUACAUUGUUCCUGAAGUUGUUGAUGCUUAUAUCAAGAAUGAUGCCAAAGUAUUAAAAGAGUGGCUUAGUGAAGCGCCUUAUAAUGUGUGGGAGGCCAAUAACAAACAAUUUAUCCAACAGGGUCUUUUCUCUGAUAGCAGAGUGUUGGAUAUCAGGGGGGUUGAAAUUGUCACUUGUAAAAGCUUGCAACCAAACGAUGUUCCAGUUAUUGUUGUUAGUUGCAGAGCCCAAGAGAUUCAUCUUUAUAGAAAAGCCAAAACCGGUGAAAUUGCUGCCGGUACUGAAGACCACAUUCAAUUGAGUACCUACGCCAUGGUGUUGACUAGAAUACCUGAAGAAUUUGACAAUAAGGUCACUGAUGGGUGGAAGAUAGUUGAAUUUGCCCGUGGUGGUUCAAGACCAUUCCAUUAA